AUGUCACUUGAUAUCAAUAGUCUCAUUGCCGAGUUUGCAGAAGAGUUUUCUUCAGGUGGUAUUUCCGUUGUCAUGGAUGAAGGAGAUACGCCCGUGGAUGUCCUCGAGUCACCCUCCGAUGACAUUGCCGCCGAACUCGUCUCUGAUCGCUCUGCAUAUGAGAAACAAAAAGCUACUCUCCAAACAUAUCUUGAUUCUCUCCCUUACGAGUGCGAGUCUAUUGAUGUCAUGCAAGCCAAGCUUGAGUACAUAGUCGGCAAGUUGAUAGUCUGCGCUAAAUCCAAGAAUUGGUUGGUCCUCACCACCUGGGAUGCAAUCCUGCAAUGCUGGCUGCAGAUGCGUUAUCCCAUGACGACCUCCACCCGCGCCACAUUGGUCCGCUUUUAUUACGAAUUAUGCCUUCUGCCUGGCAUAGAAGUGCGGGUCAUCCGUAGCUGGGCAGAUAUGUUGUACCGCCUUUUAGGAUCCAAGACAGUUAAGCGCAAACUUGAGGCCACUGACCUUCAACUCCCUUGGAAACCCCUAUGGGAUGUAUUGUACAAAGAGCUGUUCCCCAAGAGCCGCCUUGCAGAAUUUCAGGGAAAUCGUAACUUAAAUAAUAUAUUGCUGUAUGUCGCGGAGAGCUGUAAGCGCUACUUCCCUGCGACUGAUAUUCCCGAUAUGCUCGAGACGUUCCUACCUAUCCUCACGCCUGAUACUACAUUGACGAUGAUACCCGUUCUCACAUCGUUCUUUCCGCCAACCCACACACAUAUCUACCUUCCUGUGAUAUUCAGGAUUUGGGAAGCUUUCAAUUCGCACAUCAUGGAUGAUAGGUUUCUCGAAUUCGCUGGAAUCCUCGCGGAGGAACAUGUUGCUGGUCAGGAAGGACCUGCGGGAGAGGAAGGAGGUGCUGCAUGGAAAGAUGUCGGUAUCUGGACACAAGAAGAAUGGUUGAUGCUUGUUAGUAAAGGAAUCGAGUCGCUGUAUGUCCCUGUGGGCAAUUCGAGCAAUGUCGCUGCUACAGCUGUUCAGGCAGAUGCUUCCGCAGCACGCCAAGGUUCCAAAGUCAAGAAAACAAUCAGUAGGAUCAGUUGCAUGGCUAAACUAUUUGUAUACUCAAUGGCCCUCGAUGGUCCGAUACGCGGAGAUUCCGCAUCUACUCCUGGGUCUCCCAAUAGCCAGCCGAUGGGAUACUUGGCUGGUUCGAAGGCGCUUGACUCGUUAGACAAACUGAUUACAAGUACAGAAUCUUUCUUUCAUCCAUCAAACUCUGGUCACUGGACGUUCACGCUCACGAAUUUGCUGCAACGUCUUACUGUCGAGUUUGCCGACAGGUGGCUUGAAGAACAGCAGCCUUCGUGCAAAACUCCCGUGGCACAUCGUCUCACUCCUUCUCUUCGCCGAGCGUUCGUCGAUGUUUUACGCACGCCUGCGUUCCUUGCCAUGUUUUCCAAGGAUUCCUUUUGUAUUAGCAUGGCACAGAGUGCACUGCGCACUAUGGCAUUGCUUGAGCCAACGCUCAUCAUGCCUGAGCUCCUCGAGCGUGCCUACGGUGGUCUGGAAGUGGUCAAUGAGACUCACCGCACCACUGCAGUGUUGAAGAUGCUGUCAGGCAUUUCACUUCCGCUUGUCUCAGAGAUGAUAUGGAGGCCGGGACAAAAGCACCUACUUCCUCUUCUCGAACUUUGCCUUCCUGGUAUUGAUCUGAACGACCCCAAUAAGACCAUUUGUGCUACUUUAUUCAUCGUCAGCGCCAUGCAGCAUGUGAAAGUUGGAGAUCUCUCUAUGCACCACUCUGGUUUUGCUUUGUCUGGGGAUGCGCCAGGAGAAGAACUCAUGGAGCUUGAUACCGAGGACACCCACAUUCCUGAGGGUGUCGAAAUGAGCCCAUUUGUUUCACUGGGUAGGCAAGAAGAGAGGACUCUUGUCCGGGAGAGCACGGCAGGCUUCGCAGAUUGGGUGACGUCCCUCUUUCGCAGAGUUCUAGCUUUAUACGAGAAUCUCCCUGAGGAAGGUGGGAAGAAGAAGACUACCGGCGGAAAAUCGGAAGAGACCGUUCUGAAAUCGAUCAAGAGCAUGCUUGACGUGGUCACCUUGCACCUCUCAGACCAACUAUUCGAUCUCGUGUUGAAUCUCGUUUUCGAAUACGCUGUGACAAAUGCGAAGUCUAAUGCCAUCCGAGCGUUCGGGCAGCUCGUAGCAUGCCUGGCACGCGCACAACCUCAAAAGACGUUGGAUAAGUUUUUGCCGUCGUGUAUCUCACGCAUACAAGAAGAACUCAAAUAUGGAGCUUCGAGCGUUAGGACAACAUCAACACACGAUCUUGUUCCAUCUGACACAACGCUGCACUGGAACAUGUCAAUAUUGCGCGGGUGUCUUGCGUACGGCGCACAUGCUCUCCUUAACCACAAGGAAGACAUCAUUAACCUCUUAUCGUUACUGUUGAAUAAGACGAAGAAUGAGCGUGGGUACACAGGCACUGCCGCGAUUGUCACCAGAGUGAUGCAUGCUUUGUCUGGUGUCUACCCAUCUGACAAUCGCUUCGUGAAUGAAGACGUAUGGAAUCAGCCCGAGUUUGGCGAGUCGCAUAACACUCAAUGGGGUCGACUGUACGAAGCGAAGGAUGUGAAGGUGGAGUGGCACGUUCCAAGCACCGAGGAAGUACAAUUCAUUCUGGACAUUUUGGAUCGCGUAGCAGCUCCUGCGCUCGAUAAGAUAGAGACCUUGGCGCAGUCUACUCAGCAUUGGGAUGAAGUCGUGAGGAAUGACUUCUGCAGGCAAGUUGCAACACAACGAAGACGGCACUCCAUUAACUUUUUACAGGAAGGACCGAAAGAUAUAGUACAUCCAUGCCUCGAUCCAGAAACACAACUGGAAGGACUUCUUGUUGAUCAUCUUGAUGUCAAUGCUGGAUUUAUUCUCACUGAUCCCAAUGAUCCUCGUUACCAACAAGCCUUGCAGCAUCGCAUCCGUUUUGGCAAUGUCACGCACUUGGCCGCGAUCGCCUUGCGCCAAAUCCAAGGAGGUGAAGAUCAUUUGGAUGCUGUCGUCGCCGUCGUGAAGGCCAUCGACACUUACUUUUUGGAUUACGGGAUGAGUCGGGGAGACUUCAUUACAUUGCAAAAGAAUUUUGCACAGUCGAGAGAGGUAAACCGAGUGUCGGCAAGGCAAAAAGAGAACUCACGAAUUGCAUGGGUGAAAAGAGCACAAGUCUAUCAUUGUGGCCGGCUCUACAUCCACGCUUUGUAUCGUCGAAGAUCGUCCCUGGACGACACAUUACUGAAGGAAGACCUUGCGGAGCUCUGUUUGUCACCAUACACGCGAGUGCGACGCCUCGCUCAGAAUGUGCUGCACAGCGCAUGUGGUUCCUAUGUCCGCGCGACAAGAUAUAUCUUGCCAUCUAUUUUCAACGCGCUAUCGAAAGGCAAUGAUCCUGAUAGGAUCAAGGGCGCUUUGUACGUCCUUGGUAACAAAGGCACUGCCGCGCUGACCAUGUCCGAGCCACCGCUGCGACGGCAAUACCUGGUUGCUUUGCUAGAAUGCCAACACGAAGAGAAACCAUCGAUACAGAAGCUUGUCACCACUUUCUCCACGGAAUGUUUGAUACACCUCAGUGAAGAAGUCAUAAGGACUUCUGCAUACACAGCCCCUACUCCUGGGGUUGAAGCCUCUAUUCGCACUCUUGAAGAAGAGUUCUCGCCUGCUGUCAUUGAUAGUCAAUUAACCAAGGCAGCAGUGGAAUGUGCUGCUAAGCGUGUACAGCGAUGCUUGGAAGAAACCGACAAGACUGUCCGCUCUAUUCUCGAGAUUGCCUCUCGGCCUACUACACAUUGGAGAUAUGUACACAUGGCCAUGAAGUUUUUGAUAGGCUUCCUCAGACGCGACGCAGUGGCUCCUCCGGAGUUGGUUCGCUUCUUCAUGGAACAAACACUUAGCCCACAACCAGGAAUAAGGGCUAGUGCUGAGCAGGCAAUCGUGAAGACCGCCGUUCUCAUGAAGAUACGAGCGUACGCUAAAACUGAUGAUGAGCUCUGGCUCUGCAAAUGGCAGAGUCCCUUUGCGAGGACUAUUUCUAUCGACAACCCGCCUGCUUUCCUUGCGCAACUAUACCAACCUGUUAAUGAAGUCGACGGCUUUUACGUUGACCUGCUAGACACUGGUUUUUUGGCUUGGACAAAGACCAUCAAAUGCUAUCCUGUGAAUCUGAGUAACUCAGUAUUAUGGGAUUCAGCGUCAAGACAGUGCUUGCAAGCUAUGCACAGCUUUAUUGGAGAAGGAUAUUUUACUCAGCUCGCAACAUUGUGGAGCCAAGAGUCCAGCAAGGCAUCCGGUUCACCGCAUCUUCAUGCAGAGAACGUGAUUUUUAUGAUUACUCUAGCGAAGCUGUUCAACGGCGAACAUUUGCAUCUAAUUCUUCCAAUUGUCGAGCCAUUGAUGAGCGAUGCGGAUAAGUUCAAGCAGGCGGCUGCAGCUGAGAUAUUGACUGGGCUGUUGCGCGGGUCCAAACACUGGCCCAGGCAAACACGAGAGGAACUUUGGUCUUGGCUCACCCCGCGCUUUGACGUGAUUCUCACACAGGCGAAACCAGAUACUGUUUCAUAUUGGACUUCGUUCCUAGAGCAUACCCUACUGAACCUCGACCCGCGUCGCUUCCAGCCUUUGGUCGAUUGGAUAUUAUCCCUCCAUCUUGACUUCCAGGUGACAAAGGCUCUUAACAUCAUUGUUGUGUUUAUUGAUUCCGUUGGUGUCCGGUUCAAUGGCGUAUCUGAGAAAUAUGCAUCGAUUUUCUUUGACAACGCGGACUCCAACUAUGCAGAGAUAAGGACUUCGAUAGCCAAUGCCCUGUGCCUGAUAGCCAAGUAUCAAUGGAGACCAGCAUAUCCCUCUGUGGAUGCCCUCCUCGUGGCAUGCGCAGAGAGUCCAGAUCCACUCCGAAUCAGACAAGGGUUUUUCUCUUAUCAUGUACAAUCGAUCAUCGAUAAUCUGCCCAAAUGGAAGGACGAACGGUUCCCUCCACCUAGAGUUUCACAGUCCCGGUAUGACAAAGUCGGCUUGACCAUGUUGCUCUGGCUAUGGGUGUCUCUUUAUAGCCCCGAAGCUUGCCUCGUUCGUCCUCAUGCCAUGGCCCUGCUACCUGAACUCUUGAGCAUGUCAGAAUUAAGCGAUAAUCCGGAACUUCAAAAGUACAGCAGCGCUGUGCUUCGCGUGUUUUCCUCGGUUCAUCUGCCGCCUUCGCUUACGCACGUCGUCUUGGAGAACCUGGUUUCGGCCAUUCAGUCAUCUGAGUCAUGGCGAAUUCGGUUGCAUGCAUUGCCUGCCCUGGUCGUUUUCUUCUAUCGGAACCUCUUAACGAUUUCAUCUGACGGUGUACUCAAAAUCAUGGAUGUAUUACUUGAUUGUUUAUCAGAUGAGAACGUCGAAGUUCGAGAAAUGUCGUCCAAGACCCUGUCUGGAGUUGUAAGAUGCUCGCAGCGGCAGAACAUAAUUCCAUUGAAGAACCGCUUCGUAUCAUUGGCGCGCAGCGUAAAGCUCCCCUCGCGUACACACCAUGACUAUGGAGAGUCACUUAGGAAGUUACAUUCCGCUAUCCUUGGCCUAUGUGCCCUUGUUGAGAGUUUCCCGUACUCUGUCGAGCCCUGGAUGCCGUCCCUCACAGAAGUCCUGGCGAGACACGCAACAGAUCCGCCGCCGAUCUCGACGACGAUUCGUCACUGUGCUUCUGAGUUCAAGAAAACUCACCAGGAUACCUGGCACAAGGAUCAACUAGCCUUUGACGAAGAUCAAUUACAGAGCCUCUCUACGAUGCUUGUUGGUACUUCAUAUUGUGGGUUAAUUGCGUCUGUUAUUGGGGGGCUUUGGCUGAUCAACGGCUAUAUCUACAGACGCCUAGAUAAUGCCUCAUAG